AUGGAGCAAUACCUCGCAGGACUUGAUGAGCUGCUGACAAAGCUAGCAAGUGCUCAAGAUUCGGACACGAUUCGCAAUGCCACAUCGUCCUUGAACACACACUAUUACACGACAGCAGACUGUAUUCCUGGUCUCGUCGAGAUCAUUAGUCGAUCGCCUCAUUUCCAAGUGCGCCAACUGGCAGGUGUCGAGCUACGCAAACGUAUCAACAAAUGGUGGCCAGAGAUCCCUGAUGCCAAUAAGACAGCUAUCCGUAGUCAGCUCUUGCAGAUUGCUUUGAAUGAUGAAAAGGAAUUGGUCCGCCACUCAACUGCACGUGUCAUUGCUUCCAUUGCCAAUAUCGAUGUACCCAAGGAAUUAUGGCCAGAGCUGUUGACCUUUUUACAUCAAGCUUGUACAAGUUCCAGCGCUGCUCACCGAGAAGUUGGCACCUAUCUCUUAUACACCUUGUUUGAAGCCAUCGCCGACUUUUUCAUGAAGAACACGGCUCCCUUGUACGAGUUGCUUACCAAAUCCAUCGUCGAUCCAGAAAGUCUAAAGGUUCGAACCACGACAGUGCUUGUGCUUGGUAAACUCGCUGAAUUCAUUGAUCCUGAAACCAAAGAAGAUGUGAAAUGGUUCAGAGACAUGAUCCCAGCCAUGGUCAACGUUUUGGAACGCUGCUUGGAGAGCAAUAAUGAAGAAAGUGCAGCUGAGAUCUUUGAAGUUUUUGAUACAUUGCUCAUGUUGGAUACGCCUCUAUUAUCUACCCAUCUUGUCGAAUUGAUCCAUUUCUUCUUGAGUGUGGGGUCCAACCGUGAUAUUAGCGAAUCGGUGCGUGUCAUGGCACUCUCCUUUUUGAUGUGGGCUGCCAUCUACAAGCAAAACAAAAUCAGAAGCCUCAAGCUUGUUGGAUUCCUUAUUGAAGGCUUGAUGCCCAUUGGUACUGAAGAAGACCCUGAUGAUGUCGACGAGGAUUCCCCAUCACGUCUUGCAUUCAAGGUGCUUAAUGCACUUGCCAGCAAUAUGCCACCGCAACAAGUUUUCCCGAUUCUCAUGCCUAUUGUUGUCAGCUAUAUGCAAAACCCCGACCCAGGAUACCGAAAGGCGGCCAUGAUGGCAUUCGCGGUGAUUGUGGAAGGGUGUGCGGAAUUCAUGAGCACCAAGUUGCCGGAGCUGCUUCCAAUUGUAUGCAAUGGUCUACGUGAUCCUGAGAUUAUUGUUCGUCGUGGAGCAUGUAUGGCAUUGGGCUGCUUGGCGGAGGAAUUACAAGCCGAGAUCUCUGAACAUCACCAAGUGCUUUUACCUUUGGUAUUCAACUUGAUGAACGACAACAAUCCCGAAGUGACCAAACAUGCAUGCAAUGCUCUGGAUGCCAUUCUUGAGGGCUUAGGCAACGAGGUGGUGCAAUAUCUCCCAAUGUUGAUGAGCAAAUUGCUUGUCCUUUUGGAUAGUUCGAUGCAAACGGAGACCAAGGCAACCAUUAUUGCUGCCAUUGGUAGUGCAGCUCAUUCUGCUAGUGAGGAAUUCAACCGAUACUUUGAUGAGGUGAUGCCCCGUAUUCGUGCUCUUAUGGCAGCCAAGGAAGGAAAUGACCAAUUGCUGCUUCGUGGCGUGGCAUGUGAUGCAGCAGGUGCUAUUGCAGAAGCCGUGGGUGCCGACAAGUUCAGACAUUGUACUCAAGACCUGAUGCAGCUGGCUAUUGAGCAAUUACAUCUUGAUUCCCCUCGGCUACGUGAAUGUUCUUAUGCGUUUUUCGCUAUCCUUGCACGCGUAUUUGGUGAAGAAUUUGCUCCUUACUUGCCCACCAUCAUGCCUCCUAUCCUUGCAUCCUGCAAAGCUGAAGAGAAGGAUGAAGUUUUCCAAGGCGAGAUCGAUCUCACUUCCAGCAAUAUCGAAAGCGAUGAUGAUGAUGAUGACUUUGGCGCACUUGCUUUCAACUCGGCUGUGGCAGAUGAAAAGGAGUUUGCAGCGGAUGCCUUGGGAGAGCUUUUUGAAAACACCCAAUCACACUUUUUGCCUUAUGUCGAGUCUUCUAUCCAAGAAUUGAAUCAGCUAUCAUUCCACCUUUCCGAUGGUGUACGCAAAGCUGUUGUCGGUAGCUUGUUUGCCUUUGUACGCACCUUUUACACCAUUUCUAAUCCUGGUGAAUGGGUCCCUGGUUUGCCUGUCAACUAUCCGGUGCACGAAAACGUCCAAAACAUGAUUGAUAUGGUGCUUCCCACAGUGUUGGCAGUAUGGCAAGAUGAAGAUGAUCGCAUGGUGGUUGUACAACUCUGUCAAGAAAUGAUCCAAGCACUCAAGUUGAUGGGUCCUGCCAUUGUUGCCAAACAUGUUGAGGAUAUUGCACGCUAUUUGCUUGAUAUUUUUGAGAAGCGAUCGAUCUGUCAACAAGAGUACGACGAGGAUGAUUACAUUGAUGAGGAUGAGGAAGCUGAAUCAGAAUCAGCUCUUAUUGGAGCCGCUGCCGACCUCGUUGCUGCAUUAUGUGAAGCCAUUGGCGAGGGCUUUUCCUCUUACUUUGACGUAUUCCUUCCUCUCAUUGCUAAAUACUAUAAAAAGACCAAGACUCCAGCUGAACGAUCAAUGGCUAUUGGGUGUUUAGGCGAAUGCAUUCGUGGUGUCAAGUCAGCCGUUACACCGCAUACCGAACGUUUGCUGCAACUUUUUGUUAAAGGCACCAGUGAUGAAGAUCAAACAGUGCGAAGCAACUCGGCAUAUGCAUUAGGCAUCUUGGUCACUUAUUCCCAAAUCAAUUUGAGCUCACAAUACCCUACCAUCUUGACAGCAUUGCAUCCUUUAUUCCAUCAUCAACCUCUUCCAAAUACUACUGAUAAUGCCGCUGGCGCUGUCGCUCGUCUCAUGCUCGUGCAUCCUGAUGCCAUGCCCAUGGAACAAGUACUCCCUGUUUUAUUCGGUGCAUUGCCAUUGAAGGCCGACUAUGAGGAGAAUGGACCUGUUUUUGAGUGUUUAUUCCAACUUUUCCAUUCCAAUAAUGCAUUUGUAUUGAACCAUCUAUCGGAUCUUCUCAAGAUUUUUGUGCAUGUGCUGUCAGACGAGGAACAACUCAACGCCAAGACACGCGCUCAGCUCAUUGAACUUAUUCGUGCCAUCCAUACACAAUCGCCUGAUCUCAACCUGGGUGGAAGCGAACUAGCACAAUUUCUGUAA